UCAACACACGUGAGGCACCAGACCGGACUUUCUCUGUUCAACUCUCCGGUGUUUGUCCUGCUGCUGCCGGGGAGAAGUGACCGGAACCCGGGGAGAAGUGACCGGAACCCGGGGAGAAGAAGAGCGCUGAGGCCGUAAGCCGCUGACGUCAUGGCUCCGCUUCGCUCAAAGAAGCGCCGUCCGUCCUUCCGCCGCCUGCUGAAGACGAGCGAUGUGAAGCUGGAGAACAAACUGAAGAACCGACAGCUGAAGCAACAGAACGUCGCCAAAAAGCAGCGUAAAGAGCAGAAGAAGCUGCGACAGGCGGUGAAGGAUGCCGCCACGAGGAUGCCCCGCCCACUGGAGACGUACAGGAAGAGGCCAGAGGAAGAGGAGGAUGAGGAGGAGUUUCUGGAGACUCUGCCCACCGACAUGAUGGAGGACGACGACCUGCAGCAGAUGACCGCCAUGGCUCGACAGGCGUCCUUCAUCACCAGAGACCUGUCGUCAUGCGGGCCGGUGCACGGCGGGAAGAAGAGGAGCUCGGAGGUCGUCCACAGCUACGAGAAGGUUCCGAGGAAGAUGGUGAGGACGGAGGAGAAGGAGAUCAUCCACCUGCUGCCAAUCAAAGACAAGACGGGAGUCAUUCCCCAGAGUGUAGAGAGAGUCAUCAAACAUCAGGAGGAAGAGGAAGAGAAAGCAGCUGAAGAACAAGAGGAGCCAGAGAACGAGGGGGAGCCAGAGAGUGUUGAAGAACUGACAGCGGAGCAGAUGGAGCGACUCAGAGCUCAGAAGAUAAACCAGAAGAAGCUGCUCAUCGCAAACAUGGCGUCAGCCGUCAUCUCCGACCCGUUCAGUAACAUCAAGAGGCUGAAGGAGCUGCGAGGGAUGCUGAUGGAGGCGGACCCCUGCGUGGCGGUGACGGUCAGGAAGCUGGUGAUGGUUUCUCUCAUGGAGAUCUUUAAAGACAUCGCCCCCACCUACAGGAUCCGCCCCCUGACCACCGAGGAGAAGGGCGUCAAGGUGAAGAAGGAGACUCAGCGUCUCAGAGAGUUUGAGGAAGGCUUAGUGAGUCAGUACAAGUUUUACCUGGAGGACCUGGAACAGACCAUCAAAGACUGGAAGCAGCAGAAGAAGAAGCGCUCGCAGGUUGUGAGUCUUCAGUCGUACCAGAGUCUCGCCCACGUGGCGGUCCGCUGUCUGUGUGAGCUGCUGCUCGCUCUGCCGCACUUCAACUUCCACAACAACAUCGUGGUCGUCCUGGUGCCGCUGAUGAACGACGCCGCCAAGCAGGUGUCAGGCAUGUGUUGUGAUGCGUUCAGGAAACUCUUCCACGAGGACAAACUGGGCGGGGCGUCAUUGGCGACAGUCAGAGUCAUCUCUGGACUUGUUAAGAGUCUAAAUUACAACAUCAGACCUGAGGUGCUGCGGACGCUGAUCAGCCUGAGGAUUCAGGAGGUCCAGAUGAAGAAGGACGUGGAGGAGACUGCGCCAAAGAAAAAAUUCAUGAACAAUAAAGAGAAGAAGAGUCUGUCCAGGAUGAAGAGAAAGUGGAAGAAGGCUGAGGAGAAGCUGGAGAAGGAGUUGCUGGAGGUCGAAGCAUCGGAGAGCAAAGAGAACAAGAUCAAGCUUCACACAGAGACUCUGAACAUCGUCUUCCUCAUCUACUUCAGGAUUUUGAAGAAAGCUCAGGGGUCUGUUCUUCUUCCUGCUGUACUGGAGGGACUGGCCAAUUUUGCUCACCUGAUCAACUUGGAGUUUUUUGACGACUUACUCAACGUGCUGCAGGACCUCAUCCAAUCAGGCAAUCGCACCAAUCGGGAGAGUCUUCACUGCAUCCAGACCGUCUUCACCAUCCUGUCAGGACAAGGUGACGUCCUGAACAUCGACCCUCUCACCUUCUACGCUCAGCUCUACAGGAUGCUGCCGCGGCUGCACGCAGGGGCGCCUAAUGAUGACAUCAUCAUCCUGCUGCGUUGUCUGGACACCUUGUUGAUCCGCCGCAGGAAGCAGGUCACCCUGCAGAGGGCGAUGGCGUUCAUCAAAAGACUGAGCACGCUCAGUCUCCACGUACUGCCCAACGCCAGCGUGGGCCUGCUCGCCGCCAACAGAGCCACCAUGCACUCUUUUCCGAAGUGUGACUUCCUGUUAGAUAACGAGGUUCAGGGCAGCGGCUUCUAUCUGCCGGAGCUCGAUGAACCUGAACACUGCAACGCACAAAACACUGCACUGUGGGAGCUGCACACACUGCAGAGACAUUACCAUCCAGUUGUGCGACAGUUUGCCGCCCACCUCAGCCGCGGCGCUCCCAGCGACGGCUCGGCGGCGCUCGGCAUGGAGCUGAGCCGCAGGUCUCCGGUCGAGCUGUUUGAAGAUUACAACGUCAAAGACAUGACCUUCAACCCCCCGGUAGCUCCGCCCCGCACCAAGAAGAAGGAUCGAUUCACACACGGAGCCACGCUGCUGGACGCCGAGCUGCAGAGACGAGUCGAUGACGCUCUGAACGUUAGCGAGGAGACGCAGCUGGACUUCACUGCAACACAAACACCGAGCCAACACUGACACACACACACA